UUCCCUGUGAUGUGUUGCGUCGACGCGCGCUCCUCCAGGAUAAAUUGAAGUCCCUCCCAGACAGAAGCUGCUUCUCUUCACUCAGACCGUUGACAUCCUCGUGCUGCUCCGUGACUCCAGUAAAUCUCCAUCUCCAUCCUAUAGAUCAUAAGCACUACCUGGACAGGAAAGCUUUGGGAAAAGCUCAAAGGCGGUUUUGGCACAGACGAGCUCGCUGUGGGUUAUUUCUGUCACAUCCAGCAAUGAGCGCGUAAACUGUGGAGAGACCGGACCACCGCCACAGUUAAAUCCACCACCGUUAUGCGUGAAUUAAACCUUCUCCUGUGCAGGAUGAAGGUGACCUUUGGUUCUCUGGUGAUCAUCGCAGGUAUCUGUGGUAUUCUGAGCUUCGCUUUUCUGGCGACUUCCCUCGGAACCGACUAUUGGUACAUUAUAAAGAUGAAUCCUGUGAACACGAGCGACUUCGAGGACAUGAGCUCCCACUCGGGACUGUGGACUAUCAACGAAGGUGGGAAGAUGCACGCAGCCUCUAUUGACUCUUUCAAAGCUGACUACUCCAGGUACACUGAGACUGAGGUGCACAUGCUGAACAUGCACAGUGCUAUAGUGGUGGUGCUUCCCCUCAGCCUGGUCCUCUUGCUGUUCGGUGGUAUCUGCGGGUUGGUCAGCUCCCUGGCUCGGAGCCCCGUCCUCCUCACCAGCACGGCCUCCUACUUCUUCAUCUGCAGUCUGCUGACCCUGUGUGGCGUGAGCCUCUACAUCAUCUACUCAUACCAGGCCCUGGUAGAGACGGAGAGGCUGGUGGGGCCUGAAGGCCUCGCCCACGUUCACACCUCCUUCGGCUGGUCUCUGGGCAUGGCCUGGCUCUCCUACGGCCUGGAGCUCCUCACCGGCGUCCUGCUGCUCGUGGCGGCAAAGAUGGUCAAGCGGCAGCACAGCAGUCCCUCCAUGGCCUGACACAAGCCUUCACAGAGGGUCCCACACAUUCAGGACGGACUCUGAACUAUACUGAGCUGUAUAUGAGCGAGGGAGAAAGAACAGUCAGGUGUGUUGCUGCCAUGUGGUUCUGCUUUAGAACAAGGUACGAAACAAUAUUAAGGCGUCGAGAAAAUACAAACGUUGGAUUUAAGAUGAUUUGGAUCAUUUUAAAAGCAUGUGUUAGAAGUUUAAUGUUCUUAAAUCUGCUUCAGACUGGAGAGUGACGUUCAGGUGAACUACAGGAGUGAGGUUUUAGGCUCUUGAGUUGAAUUACGCCAAUUCUGCCCUCUUGUGUUGAGAAGUGAAGUGGUUCCCUGUAUUCACUGUCCACAGCCAUGCUGACGUCACUCCAGUAAUUUAAUCCGUGCAAAACUAAACAGACAAACUUAUAUUUCAGCAUCAUUUCAUGUUACAUUAAGUGUACAGAUGCAUUAUUAUUCUCACUAUAUUUCACAUGCACAGUGUGUCUGUGUUUUUAAUCAUGCAGAUUAAUUUGAUGUAGAGUGUAUUUCUUCGCUUUGAAUGUUUACAGUGUUAAAACGGCACAAAGUGUUGUAUAUAUCAUUGUGCCACGUUAGCUCCAUGUUUUUUUCUAUUGAAAAUGUGUAAGAAAUGUUUGUUCCAUGUGACGGCAGCUUAAAAAUGUUACACUACUGCAGCAAUUUACUUGUGUGUAUUUUGAGGCCAUUGAUCCUGCCACUUUAUUCUCUAAGUCCUAACAGUUUCCUAUGUUGCUUCAGUACUCUGAGUAUGACACACACCAGUUACUUUAUCCAUUUAAUCAGAAGGUUCAAACAUCUAUAAUUAUCAUAUGUUCUUUACUAAUUUAAGGGAAAUUAGCAGAGAGACAAGGAUAUGUAAAUAUGUAUCAUAUAUCCUUGUCUGUGUGUAUCUCAACUCACUGAUUCACAUUGAAAUGAUUGGCUGAGUAGCGUCACAUGCGUUAAAGGCUAGAAAAGCUACGCCAGUCACUAGUGAUCUUUGGUUUAAGUCACUGUUGGUUAUUUAAGUCGAACGGGAGAAGCUACUCACUUUGUGAUACCAGAAUUAAAAUCUUUCUCUCCUCCUACUUUGUUGCCAUGAAAAUAUUUGAGAAAAAAAAAAAAAGAAAAAGCGCAGCAUAGAUAAACUUCGACCAACAUAUUUUCCGGGCUUAAAAUAGAAGCACUUGUGACAGAGAUUUGCUUCAAAGGCAGUUUGGAUACUUGACUUUCAGUAGCUGCAGUGGGAAGAGUAAGGCGUGAGCUUAAACACACGACUGGAUUCCUGCUGCUGUCACCCACAGCUUGCUGCGUCUUUCGAUAAAAACACAAGCACACAUCACUCAAUAUGAAUCCAAGACGUUCCUAUGGCAACCUAAACAUCCUGUGCACUUUUCUUUUCUUUUCUUUUUUUUUUAGCUCCAACAAUGAAAAGUUUGUCGUUAUCAAACAGUACAAAUAUCUCCCUGUCUUUGUCUUCUUACUCUUGAUUCUCUGUGUCUGUCCUUCUGACUCAAAACCCUCUGUUAUAAACCAUCACUCCAUAUCUGUCACACUGCACCUUGUACUGCAUUUCUGCUGCUGAAUGCCUUCACAUGCAAUCUAGCUGUAUUUAAUUUUUAUUGUUAAUUGUAUCUUACACUUCAUAUUGCUUAUAUUUUGUACUUUUAUUGCUUAGAUUCUGUGUUUAUCACUGAUAUUUCUUUAUUUCUCUCUCAUCUCUGUCUUAUUUAUUCUUUGUAAAUAUGUGUGAGUCUUAGAUAGAAAUGCACCAUUUAAGUUUGACGUAAUUGCAAUGUCAUUGUGCUUGCACAAUUAUAAUAAAGUUCCUGAAUCCUCA